GCUGCUGCAUCGACAAGAUCGAGCGCUCGCGAUGCCGACUUGGAACCGCUGGAAAGAAGUAUCCGAAGGUCCUGAAGGCAUGCAUUCAUCGUGAAGUGCUACCCAUACUGCACUGCAUUAACCACGCUGUACUUCAAUUUUUAAAAUGAUCUCGGCAUUGCCGCAAUGAUAGCUACCGGUGGCUAUUGCUGGGGCUUGAUCGCAACUGGAAAUACAUUGCAUGAACAGACAGCGUCCUGUUUGGUAGCUGACGCUUGAAGAAAACCUUUCCCCCAAAGGCCAGCAUCAUCACAGAAGAGACAUAGAAAAUUAGAGUGGCUUGAUCAGCCACCGAACUUCAUCGAGCCGUUCACAACAAUAACCAACUCUCUCCCUGGCCGGGUCCCCUCUUCACCAUACAGUAGUUCCCUCUAAGCCAUAGCAACCACUCCCUUUAACCCAACCGAAGAGGAGAGACACGAGGGAGGCCCAAAUCCACUACAAAGAAAGAGCCCACCAUCCAGAUCAUGUCGUACAAUGGAAUUGGUUUGUCUUCUGUUCGCGGUACGGCUACGUCUGGUCAUGUCCAAGCAAAUCGGGGCCAUGUGAAGGCAGCUCGUCGCCGCUGGCAGAUGGAGCGAAAUUCCUCAUCAUCCCAGCAAGUGUACAACCCGGUUUCGGCAUCGGCAAGAGAACGCGGGAAUCAAGAGAUCCAAGAGCAUGAAAGGAAAAAAGCUAUUGAAAACCAAUUGCUGUUGCUGCGUGAUGAUCUAGAACAAAAUGGGUUUUCAGAGGCGGAAAUUGAAUCCAAAGUGAAUGCUGAGAGAGAACGACAGCUCCUCAAAUACAAGCAACAAGAGGAACAAAAGAAAUCUCAGCAGCAGCAACGCCAACACAGCGCUUACCCACAAUCAUCAGGUGGUGGAGGUGGUUAUUACGCAAGGCAAUCACAGUCGAGAUGGGACAACCGCAACGACCAAGCAAGAGGUCGAGGACACCAGAGCUACAGUUCCAGACCUGCAGUUCCCAAAAACAAGCAUUUGGAAGCUGCCAUGAAAGAAGAGGACAAUGAGCGCGUUCGCAGAGCCUUUCAGAUUUCCAAAGAUCAACAUGUGGAGGGCCAGGCAUUUGACCGAGAAUUCCAGGAACAAAAACGGAAGGCAAAGUUGGCAGAAAAGGAGGCUCAACAGAAAAUGGUGGAAAAGGCAGCGCGAAAACAUGAGCGAGCAGCAAAACGCGCUGCCAAACAAGCUGAGAAGGAAAAGAAAAAGAGCCGUGGGCGUUCCAAGACUCGGAAAAAAAGAAGGGAUUCUUCCAGUAGCAGCAGUUCCUCCUCAUUUUCGUCCCAUUCCAGCUCUUCGUAUUCCUCAUCUUCAAGAAGCAGCAGCUCCUCGCUUUCCAGGUAUGACAAGCGGGAUGACAAGAAGCGAAAUCGUGGUAGACGCAGACGUUCUCCCAGUAGCAGUAGCAGCGGCUCUUCUGGAAGUCGCAGCAGGAGUCGAUCGAUGUCGUCAUCAAGCUCCAGAAGCAGUGGUCGCAGAAAGCAAAGAGAUUCCAAAAAGACGAAAGAUGCGGAGGGCAAGAGGGACAAAAGGCAACAAGAGGAUGACAGAAAGGACAAUGAAAGAAAUGACAGCAAAGAUCAGAAAUCAAGGCGUAACUCUGAUCGCGAAAGAGAGGGAAAAGAAGCAAAGCGGAGCCCAAACGACACCAAGGAAAGUGACAUCAAGGAUUUGGACAAGAAGACAGAAACGAAACAGAGAUCAGGAUCCUCUGAACCACGGAAGAGGGGGCGCCGCCGGUCAAGGAGCCCUUCGUCGUCCUCUCGCAGUAGUAAGAGCAGCAGAUCCAGAUCAUCAGGCUCUUCUCGAAAACCAUCACCAAAAAGGAGAAAGAGACGCAGACGAUCGUCCUCACGAUCGUCUUCCCCGCCGUCACAGAUCACUACUACAACCAAAACUAAGAUUUCCGGGGAAUCCCAGCAGGAUGAGCCAAAGCAGAGGGUGUUAGAUGCCGCUAUUGAUCGCUCUGGAAAGGACAGGAAGAAAGACGACAAACCUGUGUCGGAUCGUGACAACAAGGACAAGACUAGCCGUGGCGUAGAAGGCAAACAAAAGCGUCGUCGAAGCUCUCAAUCGUCCAUCGAGAAGGGCGACGCAGGAAAAGAUGCAAGCGCAAACAAGAAGAGGAGCAAGGGUCGCAGGAGCCCCUCUAGUUCGUCGUCGUCUGGGAGCUCCAGAUCUGCCUCGUCUCGGUCCCAAGGAUCACGAGACAAGAAAGGCAAGCGUCCUCGAUCCAAAUCUCAACACAGUGGCUCCUCCUCCAGUGGGGGAUCACGAUAAGGUCAAAGUACGAGGUUGCACCACUGUAUUAGUUUAAUCCUUAGCGACGAGAUGUCAUCCAAAGAAAUCACAGCAAGCAUGGAGGAUUGCUAUUUUAAGUAAAACUAUAUUACAUGCAAUAGAUUGAUUCUCAAAUACGGAUCUGGUAGUUGCCAGCCUUGGUAAUGUAUCGAACC